AUGGCUCCGAAAACUAAAGUCCCUCCAAAAAUUGUGAAGAAAGUGGAGAGAUCUCCAAGCCCGGAUGACUCUCCCGUCCGUAGAUCUGGACGUCAAAGAAUCGAAAUGGGAAAAUAUGAGGAAGGAUUCGAUCGUCACGAGCUCGAAUUGGCUCUCCGAGCAUCCCUCAACGAGGCGAAUCAUCAAGGAGGGAAACCGGCAACUCCUUCUUCGUCUUCAUCUGCCGCAUCUGCCCCAGCCCCUGCUCCACCUAAAAAAGAUGUGAAACCGAAGAAAAAAGCUGUGAAACCAGUUCCAGCUGCUUCUGCUGCUCCAGCUGUUGCAGCUGCCGAGCCUGUUGCUGAACCGAAAAGAACAAUUCCAUCCAAAAAAGAACGCGAUGCUGAGAAGAAGGCUGCUGCCGCUGCCGCUGCUGCUGCUGCCACAUUGACUUCCAUGAAGAAAACUCCAGUGAAGCGUGCCGAUAAGAGUACCGCUUCCACCGCUUCUGCGACUACUUCUGCGGAGACUAUCACUCCAAAGAAAAAAGCAGCGGCUGCUAAGGCAAAGAAGGUUGUCGCCAAGCCAUCAUCUACCGAGGUCGCCGAAGCGACCUCUUCAUCUGCUCAUGAGACUUCUCCAGAACUUGACAAUGAGGUAGCCCCAACUUCCAAUGAAGCUACUACAUCGACUACUGCAACACCAUCGGUUGCCACAGCUCCAAUUGCUAAAGAAGUUAAGGCUGAACAACCAGUCAAGAAAGUUGUAAAGAAGAAGGCUAUUGCGAAGAAAUCUCCGGCCUCCACCUCAACCUCUGAUGCCGUUCCAAAGAAGAAGAAGAAGCCAGUUGUCCAAAAACUCUCUUCGAAGCCAACCAAGCAAUAUUUGGAAAACGAGAAACAGAUGCGUCUGAUGGCCUGUGCUAAAACCGGCGUAUUUUGCUCCGAUGCUCAUGCACAACCAGGACAGCAUUGUUGGAUGAAGCAACAAUAUAACAGAGUAAUCUUGAUUCUCGUCGAUGCUCUUCGUUAUGAUUUUCUUAUUCCUCCUAAGCAAAACAAACCGACAAACUCGGACUCGCCGGAAUGGUUUUAUCAGGGGCAGAUGAAACACGUCGGAAAUCUAGUUUCAUCUGGUAAAGCUUCGAUCGGAACACUAUUAGCUGACCCUCCAACUACAACUCUUCAACGAUUAAAGGCUCUAACGACUGGAACUCUACCAACUUUUAUUGAUGCUGGAGAUAACUUCUCCCCGGAUGCAGCUGUAAAUGAAGAUAGUUUUAUAUAUCAAGCGUCACAACUUGGAAAAAAUAUCACACUCCUCGGAGACGAUACGUGGUACGGUAGAGUUUGUUGGUUGUCUCUUUUCCCGAAUCAAUUUUCGAAAACAGCCGCCUACGAUUCAUUUGAUAUCAAUGACUUGAACAGUGUCGACGAUAAAAUUGCUCCAAAACUUGAAGAAGAGAUUAAGUCAUCAGAAUCCUCGUCAAUUAUUAUUGCGCAUUUCCUUGGAGUUGAUCACUGUGGUCACAAAUUCGGUCCAUCUCAUCCAGUUAUGGGAGACACUCUUAGAAAAAUGGAUCGUAUAAUAUCAAACAGUGCUGAAUCGAUGAAAUCUGAUGAUCUUUUAAUUGUAAUUGGAGAUCAUGGAAUGACAUCAACAGGGGAUCAUGGUGGAGAAUCAGACAAUGAAAUUCAAGCUGGAAUUCUCGUUUACUCGAAAAAACGUCAAAUUGAAUUGCCUCGUCGACCGAUUCAUCAAAUUGAUAUUGUUCCAACUAUAUCUCUUUUAAUGGGUCUUCCCAUUCCAUUCUCUAAUUUGGGAACAGUUAUAACAGGAAUGUUUAAGAGAGAUUUACAAGAAAUUGCGGUUGGAAUGAAUUAUGAACAAGUAAAAAGGUUUGCCGAAACAUAUGCGACACAGAAGAAUUUCGGAGAACUUCACUUUCAUACAGCUCGUGAUUCGAAUACAAUGGAAGACCAAAUCGACACAAUGUCUCGAAUUCAGACACUACUCCGAGUGGCAUGGACACAGUUUGAUGAUUCUUAUAUUAAUGUUGGAUUGUUUUCUUUAGUUGAAUCCGUCAUGUUUCUGAUGACAAAUGAGGCGAUGUCAUUGGAAUGGAUUAUAUAUCGGACCGGAUGUGCACUACUUCAAGCAGCUCUUCUCACGGAUAAAACUGAUUCUGAUGGAAGUGCGAGAACUUUGCUUCUGAUGACUCUUGCUGUCUCGUGCCUUUCGUCUAUCAUUUCACUUGCUCACAAGGCUCUUCAGAUUCGAUUCUCGUUUGACGUCUUGGUAUCAACUAGAGCUAUAGGUAAGGAGUCAAAAAUAUUCAUCAGUGGAGCGAAUGGUACAGUUCAUGAAAGAGACAUUUGA